AUGGAAGUAAAUGAGUUCCGAUUAUGUGGUUUUAGUCAACAUAAUCAUGGCAGUAGUAAAACUAUACCUUUAAAACAAUCGCCCAAUGCAUUUUCAAAGUCAUUAAAGUCAUUCUUUAACAAGCUCAGAAGUAUCCAUCAAGGAGCCGAUACUUGUGCAUCAAAUCAACAUGAUACGCAUUCUAAUCAUCAUAAACCGACUCUUGUUCCGUCUCAGUCUCUCUAUCUGAAAAGAAACAAUGGUCAGUCUCUCGUCAGAGACAAGCGCUCUUUUCGCUAUUCACUUGACCUCUCCACUAUUUUUGAUUCAGACUCAGUAAUCCGUCAAUGCCAAAACAAUGCAGUGAUUGACAAUGGUAGUACAAAAAAAGGAAGAAGGAGAAGUAGCCGCCGAUCAAGUAUUGUUAGCUCUAUCUACAGCGUCUUUAAUUCUACUGAAACCAAAACUUACAACAGUCAAGGAAUGAUGGAUGAGCCUAUAUUGGAAGUAAACGAAAACAAGAUGGAGAACGACAUAGACGAUUCAUGCGACUCCUUGACCAAAGACAUACAAGACAAAUUAUGGAAUGAGGAUAUAUCGUUUUGUCCAAAAGAAAAGAUAUCCGAAUGGUUAGGCACAAAUGAGCCUUUUAGGGCACAGGUGCUAAAGUUGUAUAUGCGGAACUUUGAUUUCACAAACAAACAAUUGGAUGAAGCAUUUCGUAUAUUAUGCUCCAAACUCUACUUCAAAGCAGAAUCUCAGCAGUUGGACAGGAUCAUUGAAGCCUUUGCAAAACGAUUUUAUGACUGUAAUUCUACAACAAUCUUUCAUUCCGUCGAUAUCAUUCACGCUGUUUCCUAUUCUCUACUCUUGUUAAAUACUGAUCUGCAUGUGGUCUCGGAUCAAGGGAGUAAAAUGACGAGAUCAAGUUUUGUUAAAAACACGAUGGACACUAUACAAUCCCUAAGAUUCCCUCAUUUACACAGUCAGCGACAGCGUGUUGGCAGUUUUAGUAGUUCUGAUUCAUGCUCCAUGAGAAGGAGAAGUGUCAGUAUAUCUUCCCCUUCUUUUGGAAGUCAAAGCUUUAAAAGCAUCAUGGACGAUCCCAGUGUUCACUCAUUUAGUAAUAAUGGCACAUUGUUUCAAAAAUUGGAUACACUUAAAUCAAAUAUAUCUUGGAAGAGCAGUACAAGCAGCUAUUAUAGAUCUACUCAAGAUGGAUUGACUCGAAUGCAAAAGACAUGGCUGUUGGAUAUUGAAGCUCUUUUGAAGGACAUGUACAGUGCAAUCAAGGCACAAAGCAUCAGUCAAGCAGAUAUUACGGAAAGUGAGCAAACAGCAAACAAUCAAAUUUACAGAUCAAAGACAUUACCAAACAAUGAAGAACGUAGAGCAUUUCGGAGAAGGAGAGGACACUCUGUCAUCAGUGAGAAAUUUAAUGCCUUUAAUGAAAUGCCUCCUCAGAGAAGACUGACAGAACCAUCGCCCAUUGUACAUCACAUCACUUUCCAUAACUGCAAGCAAGGAAUUGUUAUGCGAAAGCAUGUCAUGGAGACGACAGAUAAGAAGGCCAAACAUCGACAAUGGCAAUUAUGUUAUCUGAUGAUGACUGAAACGGAGAUUGUGAUGUAUAAGCCCAUACAAAAAAACGAUACCAAAGGCAAGAAACGAAAAAGUAUGAGCUUGUGGACCAAAACAGCUAGUACACCCUUUUCCUUGCAAGAAGUCAUCAGUAAUGAUACAAACGAAUGGCAUCCCGACUUGAGCCAGCCUCCAAUGGAUGUUGUUCAACUUCACCAUUGCUAUGCAACAAGUACCUUGCCACUUGGUUGGAACGCGAACCGACCUCAUGUAUUUCGUGUUGAAACGGCAGAAGGCGGUCUUUGGCUGUUUGAAUCCACUGAUGUAUUUGCCAAACAGGCCUGGGUGGAAUCUAUCAAUUUGGCUGCGGCUACCAUCAGUAAACCACCUAUGCAGGGAGCUGUCUGCAACAUUGACUAUGGCUGGGGGACCCAAGGCAUGACAAGUACUCAUAUUCCUGUUUGGUAUCCACCUACACCAUGCAUGAUUAAAAGUAAUCGGACUUUGGAAGAGCAAUACCAGGACUUGGAGACUCAGAUAAAGACACUCAUGCAAGAAUUAAAUCAACACCGUUCAUUGAAACCCUGUGUUGAUAAAAAGUCAAUCUCGCCUGUAGGAAACCAAGCUCAAGCACUAAUCAACUGGAAUAAAAAAUUACAAAACAUCACACAAGAAUUGUUCAAGUAUAGGUGCUACAGAGAUGUUCUCAGGCAAAAGAUUACUGUGUAA